GUCCCUGGCCCUGCUCAGAGUUCUCGGCUAGAUGGGACCAAAGCUUCGCUGGCCCCAGACUCACACACACACACAGCCUCUGGGGGAGAGAGAGCAGGGAAGAGGAGGCAGGAAGAGAAAGCAACACACAGAGCAGAGGGCUGCUGCUAGUGCACACACUGGCUGCGAGAGAUACAAGAAAGCCAGAGUGUGUGUCUUAUUUUUUUCUUACUAGUUUUCUUCCAGAGCUGUUGAUGAGGCAGGCUGGGUCAGCUCCAUCUCAUCUCAGUCUGGCGUGCAGAGGUGGCCAGGGGGGUCGAAGUGUGUACCGCUUCUCGAGUGUGUGUGACUUUAUUUUGCAACUCUUGAACACUGGAACUGUACUGUAAGCAUUAUGACUCUUCUGGGCUCUGAACACUCCAUACUGAUACGAAGCAAGUUUAGAUCAGUCCUACAGUUAAGACUUCAGCAGAGGAGGACACGAGAGCAGCUGGCAGACCAAGGCAUCAUGCCUCACCCGGCCUCAGACUGCUCCUCUCUGGAGGCCCAGAUGAGGCUAAGGCGAGCCCGGCUCGCCGAGGACCUGAAUGAGAAGCUGGCUCUCAGGCCGGGGCCCCUGGAGCUGGUCCAAAAGAAUAUCAUUCCCCUAGACUCUGCCAUCACAAUGACAGUACACCAUGGUAAGUUCCCUAAGCAGGAGGACUCUUAUGCGUUUGAGGAGGACAGCAGCAGUGAGAGUCUGUCUCCAGAGCAGCAUCACAGUGAUGAGUCGCAGGGCUCGGCCUGCCCUUCAUCUGAGGCUGUGGGCAGCACGCCCUCCUCCUCCUCCUCACCUGCCCUCACCAGCCCACGACAGGGAGGUGCAACCCGAGACCCACCUGAUCAAAGCCAGGAUGAAGGACUGUCUGGAGCCAACAACAGCCAGGCUACUCCCCCAAUAUCUGUUCCUGCUAUUGUCAAGUCCAAGACAUCAGACAAGAACCGACACAAGAAGCCCAAAGAUGUGAAGCCAAAGGUGAAGAAGCUCAAGUACCACCAGUACAUUCCUCCGGACCAGAAGGCAGAGAAGUCCCCUCCGCCCAUGGACUCGGCCUACGCCCGACUCCUCCAGCAGCAGCAGCUCUUCCUGCAGCUGCAGAUCCUCAGCCAGCAGAAACACGCUCACACACAUCCGCAGUCGCAGCAGUCGCACCAGCACACACACACUCCACAGACACAGGCCCAGGCCCAGGCUCAGCAGCGGCAGCCCGCUUUCAGCUACCAGCCCCACCCACAGAGCCAAAGCCAGAAAGGAGCCAGUGAGCAGCUAUCAGCUUGUAGCUCCAGUGGUCCACCCAGCCAAGCCAACAGUAACUCCUCCUCUCCGGUCAAGACCACAUAUCCUAACCAAAGCAACAUCUCACCGGUCAAACCUGGGCCCCUGCCAGCUAAUCUGGAUGACCUAAAAGUAUCAGAGCUCAGGCAGCACCUGCGUAUUCGUGGGAUGCCCGUGUCCGGCACCAAGACGGCCCUCAUCGAGCGCCUCCGACCCUUCAAGGACUCCAACGCCGGCUCCUCGCCCUCCGGCUCCUCUGACAUCACCACUGUGACCUUCCCGGUCACACCCACAGGGUCCCUGUCCUCCUACCAGUCCCCGUCCUCCUCCAGCGCCCUGUCCCAGGGAGGCUACUACCCUUACCCCAGCACCUCCUCCACCCCUCCCAUCUCUCCGGCCUCCUCUGAGCUGUCCCUAAGCGGCUCGCUCCCUGACAGCUUCAGCGACGUGCCCAUGUCCUCACCCACGCAGUUCGCCCUGCAGCCUUCUCCGGCCCAGCUCAGCAUGGAGGACGGCCUGGGGGGAGGCAGCCUGGGCGGGGGAGGACUGAGGGCAGGGGAGGGUGGAAGUAUGGAUGGCGUGGAUGCUGAGAAAGAUAAGAUGCUGGUGGAAAAGCAGAAGGUGAUUGAGGAGCUGACGUGGAAGCUGCACCAGGAGCAGAGACAGGUUGAAGAGCUGAAGAUGCAGCUCCACAAGAGGAAACGCUGCUAUGGAGCAACGCAGGACACCAUCCCUCCUCCAUCUCACCCCUCCAUGCACCACCAGCAGACUCCGGCCAUGAUGGGCCAGCACUUCUUUGGGGUGACUAUCAAGCAGGAGCCCAUGUCCUUGUCCUCCAGCUGCCCUCUGUCCUCCCCCAAACAGUUGAAGAGCUCUCCUGGCAGCUGCAUGGAGGAUAUGGGACACUGUAACGCCCCCCUCUCCAAUAUGGGGGGCCCCAGUGGGCCACAGUGUAUGGACACAACCCCUUCCUCUGGCAGCCCCUCAACAAUGUCGACCUUCCUCAGUCCACAGUGCUCACCACAAGACUCCCCCAUUGGAAAGCCUUCUAAUAGCCCCCAGCCUUCGUCUCCUAAUAACCCCUACUUACUGUCACCUCCGCUAGGAAGAGACGGCUGCGGUCACCCCCACCCCCAGGGGAAUAACAGAGCACGCAACAUGCAGAUGCAGCAGAAGAAUGGCGGCCAGGCAGUGAACUGUUCUUAUCCUUCUGACCAAAGAGGCCUUCAGGGAGUCUUUCCCAACCCAGCUGAUUGUGGCCAUGGCGGCUCAGCCAAGGCUGAGAUCCCGAAUAUCCAACCGAAGAUGUCAGUAGCGCCCUCUCCUCGGCAUGUUGGCCAAAAGUGCCAGGUCUCUCCCCCUGCCUUCAGUAGCUCAGAUUCAGAUGCAUCUGACUUAAGACAGCCCCCAUGCUAUGAGGAUGCAGUCAAACAGCAACUGACCAGAAGUCAGCAGAUGGACGAACUUUUGGAUGUGCUCAUAGAGAGUGGAGAGAUGCCAGCUAACGCCAGAGAAGAGAGGGAGAGGUCCUCUGUAACCAAAGUUGUGCCUCACAUUACUGUGUCCCCAGGGUGUCCCGGCCUCCUCAUCCCGAGGUUCCACAGACACUACGAACACCUGUCCCCCACCCAGCUCCCUUACGACCACUCGGCCAAUCACAUCACUGAGAGCCACCUGGAGACUCUGCUGGGAAGUCCAAUUGGCCGGGGAGGGGAGGUGGCCCUUCUUAAAAUGGCUGCUGAGGACGGGGGGCAGGAAGAUGAAGGGAACAGGGACAGCGAAGGGUACGGCAGCCCCCACAACCACCACCGCCACCCUCAUCAUCCCCAACAGGACAAACUUAUGACCCACAGGGACCUGAUGGACACCCCUCUGUCACCCAUCAGCACCAAAGUGUCCGCCGUCCCCGAGGUGCAGGGGAUGGUCAGCAUGACUUUCAGCGAGACGCCGUGGGAGACGAUGGAGUGGCUGGACCUGACGCCACCCAGCUUGGCCACGGCCUUCAGCGUUGCUCCGCCCAGUGGGCCCAGCAUCUUUAACACAGAGUUCCUGGAUGUCACAGACAUUAACUUGAACUCGGCCAUGGACCUUCACCUGGAGCACUGGUGAAAGCAGCACCGGCACCAAAGUCGGCCGUCAAUCACGACACCAGCUUCCAAGUAGCUGUACGGACCGCUGAUCAGCUUCGACCAUACCAAAGAACUGUUCUACCUGAACUUCAGUCCAAGUGCCACAACUUGUUUCUUGUUAUAAUAAUAUAGAGGGAAGUAGACCAUUAGUCUUCAUCCAAAGAUCGAUGACAAAGUCAACUACAGAAUUAUAUUUUGACUUAUUUUCUCCACUUCACUGAAAUGAGGUUCUCUUGUUGUCAGAAUACCUAAAAUCCAAAGACUAUGUGCUGUUUGACACGAUCUUUGUCCAUUUUGGACAAUGAUGCGCACAACUGCCAAAUAAGUAUGACAGUGGACACAUGAAGGAUUUUCUAGAAAAUGGAAAUAAAAGAUUACAGUGCUUUAUACCAACACUUUAUGCAAUAUCAGUGUUACACCACUUAGACUUGAAGACACAUUUUGACAAUCAUUGUAUAUUUUCUGAGUUUAUGUUUGUAUUACUGGAAAAAAACAAAAGGAAUUACAAGCUGAAUUGGAUUGCUUAGUACGGCCAUUUUGUAAAUAUCUUAACUAUCUGUACUGACAGAGACAAGUUGACGUCUGCAUAUUUUGUCAGCGGUGUGGGAGACGACACAAACCACAAAUCAAGUGUAUUAUGUAAUCAGUUCAUCAAUUGAUGUAAAUAUGACAAAAAAAAAUCUCACUGUGCACCUCUAGCUAAAUACACAUUUGUCACAGUUUGCUUGAGCUUAGAAUAUGUGUGUAGAAAUGGUUGUCAUUCCUUUGAAGGACCUUUUUUUAUACAAGUUUCUUUACACUAUUUGGCGUAUUUAUCCACAGAAUGACAUUAAUGUCUGAAAAACCUUUGGUCUUACCGGUUUUAAUCGGCAGACAAACUGUGCCUUAUUUGCAACAGCUUUUUAUUAAAAAUAUUUUAUACCAGUUUCCCCUUUAUAAUGUAUUAAUAAUUUGCUAUCCCCUGAAAACCAGACGUUAUCAUAGAAAGCAAAACCAGACAAAUGUUAAUGAAAAAUACAACUUCAUCUCUAUUUUAUCAUAUUUAGUAGUUUUUUGUUCUGACAAAUUUUCACCCUUUCUAUUCCCAGGCCAAUCACAGUUAUUUAUUUUGUGUUUUUUUUUUAUAUUUAUACUUUAUCCUGUAUUUAUACUGACAUUCCUUUCUAAAAGAUUGGGGCUCUUUGAUUUACCUGAAAACUCCAGUGCUGCCAUUAUGACCACGGACAUUUCUUAGUAAAUCUCUUAAAAAUGUGACACAAAGUGAAGGAACCACUUCGAAAAGCCAUGCUUUCUUAAACACUUUUCUAUAAAGAAUCAUACGAAGUGGAAAUGUCCAUAAUUAGCACUUGUGAAUAGGAAAAUGUAAUAUAUUCAGAUCUUUACUGUGAAUACUGCAUAUUAACACAGCAAAGCCAGAGCCGGCCUAUACACACAGUAGAUGCACUAAUGAGAGAAUUUACACCUUUAAGUUUUCACUUUCGGGCAGCAGUCUGUUUUUCAAACGUGAAAACUUAACAGUAGUUAGACGAGAAGAUUGACACCACUGUCACAUUCAUACGCUAAAUUUAAGGCCACAGCCAGCAGUCUGUUAUCUUCAUUUACAUAAAGACUGGAAACAAAGUUUUAAUUAGCCUGAGUCAGCAGUUAUUACCUUGUUUGUUGUGCUAAACGAAGCUAACAGUGUCCUGGCUCCAGCUUCAUAUUUACCCGACACAUGUAAAGUGGAGUCCAUCUUCUCAUCGAGCUAACUCUCGGCAAGAAAGCUAAUCCCAAACUGUCAGAUUAUAGCUUUAGGAGCAUUGGCCAAUUCCUACUUGCAUUUACAGUUAUGUUCUCUGUUAACAUGGGUUUCACUUUGUGUUCUGGUUAGACCAAAUAUUGCUUUUUCCUGUUACUUAUGAAGUGUUGCACUUGUUAAAUAGAUUCUAUGGUUACUUGUAGGCUAUUAAUGCCCAUCUUGACUAUAUGACAAAGCUGAUAUUCUUUACUUCCUGCCUUCUGUCGAAAGAAUAUCUACUGGCCUUUUUUAUCUUGUGGCGUUUUCUCAAGAAAAGAAAAUCACAUCUGACAGAAGCUUCCAUGUUGCUUGGCCACCGACUUGCUUUGCUAUUGUAAAAAAUAAUAAAAAAAACAGUAUUUGCCUGCAUCCCUGUAUACUACAGAAAGACGAGCAAUAAACUUAUCACAGCAAAAUCA